UUUGUCCCUGCCCCGGGUCCCGGUGGUUCCCUUGGGCAUGCGUGCCCAAGUUCAGACUCCAUCCCCUCCCCCUGCCCUUUCUCCUCUGCGCUUCUGGCUGCGCCGAGCCGGGAGCCCAAAGCUCUGGGAACUUCCCCGGUGGCAGCCGUCUUAGGGUCAGAGCCUGUUCAGUGGCCCGGACUUUUCGGUUGCAGAAGGAGCUGGCGGGGAUGGUGGAGGACUUGUACUAACAGAAGAAGUCUAUGGCACCUGUCAAGUUAAAUGCCACUCCCCCCUGCACUUGGACCUUCUGCUGAAGACCUGCAUGUGACUUUUCGCCUGCGACCCACGAGUCCUUUUUGUACCUUGACUUUGAUUACAGGAAAGUGUCUGAAGAUUCCUAUCAAAUGACGUCAAUGGCCAGCUUGUUUUCUUUCACUAGUCCAGCCGUGAAGCGAUUGUUGGGCUGGAAACAAGGUGACGAGGAAGAGAAAUGGGCAGAAAAGGCAGUGGAUGCUUUAGUGAAAAAGCUGAAGAAGAAGAAGGGUGCUAUGGAGGAGCUGGAGAAAGCCUUGAGCAGCCCAGGACAGCCAAGCAAGUGUGUCACGAUCCCCAGGUCCUUGGAUGGACGCCUUCAAGUCUCGCACAGGAAAGGCUUGCCCCAUGUUAUAUAUUGCCGUGUUUGGCGCUGGCCAGAUUUGCAGAGCCAUCACGAGCUAAAACCAUUGGAUAUUUGUGAAUUUCCUUUUGGAUCUAAGCAAAAGGAAGUUUGUAUCAAUCCAUACCACUAUAAGAGAGUGGAGAGUCCAGUCUUACCUCCAGUGUUAGUGCCUCGUCACAAUGAAUUCAAUCCACAACACAGCCUUCUGGUUCAGUUCAGGAACCUGAGCCACAAUGAACCGCACAUGCCACAAAACGCCACGUUUCCCGAUUCUUUCCACCAGCCCAACAAUGCUCCUUUUCCCUUAUCUCCGAAUAGCCCCUAUCCUCCUUCCCCUGCGAGCAGCACAUAUCCCAACUCCCCAGCAAGCUCUGGACCUGGAAGUCCAUUUCAGCUCCCAGCUGACACCCCUCCCCCUGCCUAUAUGCCACCUGAUGAUCAGAUGGCUCCAGAUAAUUCCCAGCCUAUGGAUACAAGCAGUACCAUGAUUCCUCAGACCAUGCCCAGCAUAUCCAGCAGAGAUGUUCAGCCUGUCGCCUAUGAAGAGCCCAAACACUGGUGUUCAAUUGUCUACUAUGAAUUAAACAAUCGUGUUGGCGAAGCUUUUCAUGCAUCUUCUACUAGUGUGUUAGUAGAUGGAUUUACAGAUCCUUCAAAUAACAAAAGUAGAUUCUGCCUGGGAUUGUUGUCAAAUGUUAAUCGUAAUUCAACUAUUGAAAACACUAGGCGGCAUAUUGGAAAAGGUGUUCAUCUAUACUACGUUGGUGGGGAGGUGUAUGCUGAGUGUCUUAGUGACAGCAGCAUCUUUGUUCAGAGUAGGAACUGCAACUUUCACCAUGGCUUCCAUCCCACCACCGUCUGUAAGAUCCCCAGCAGCUGCAGUCUCAAGAUUUUUAACAAUCAGGAGUUUGCUCAGCUUCUGGCUCAGUCAGUCAACCACGGGUUCGAGGCUGUGUAUGAGCUCACCAAGAUGUGUACCAUUCGAAUGAGUUUUGUCAAGGGUUGGGGAGCGGAGUACCACCGACAGGAUGUCACCAGUACUCCAUGCUGGAUUGAGAUUCACCUCCACGGGCCUCUGCAGUGGCUGGAUAAAGUCCUUACUCAGAUGGGCUCUCCGCUGAACCCCAUUUCUUCUGUUUCAUAGUGCAGAAGGAUUCUUUUCAACUAUACUUUUAGUGGACUUGUUUUAAUUUUAGAGGAAUUUCCAGUACAGAUGCUGUGAGCUGACAUGGAAAACAGAUUAUUUUUUCUACGUAAUUGUGACCAACACAUUUGUAUUUUAUGAUGAUAUUACAUUUGUUUGUAUUCAUGUUCAUUGUGAUUAACUUUCAAAAGUAUUGUAAACGAUGUAGAGUAUUUUGCCCCUGUUGAAAUGUUUAGCAUUGAUCUUAAACUGGAACGUGCUUUUGCUUAUUGUCCCAACAGUUUUUAAAAUUGUUAUUUUUUUUACAAAGUAGUACAUCACAUAAUGAAAUUUUAUCCUUUAAGAGAACAUACAUUGUGGAAAGCAGUAGACGAUAUUCCUCUGGGAAUUUCUUUGCCCUUCCACCUUUGAUAAAGCAUACAUUGUUUGCAGGACCUUAAAAGUAGGGCUUGCUUAAAGGAAACUGUUGAAUCUUAUUUGAAGGACACUACAGUCCUAACGUGUUCAGUGAAAGCAAGGUGGUAGAUUUCUGGAUGUCAUGCAUUUACAUUUAAUAUAGAUAAUAUUCAUCAGUGUAAUGUGACUUCAUGGCAUAUAUCUUUUGUAAAACAUUUCCUUCUUAAAAAUCUCAAGUAUUUGUCAUUUACUCAAAUUUGUCAUAAGUUCUACUUAGCAGCUAGUUACUGUGUGCUCUGUGGCCUGGUUCAGCAUAGUUUGCUGCUUUGGGCCACUGAUUCAAGAACUCUGAUUUUACUGUGCAUUAAUCUUUUCAUUUCGCACUUUUAUGGGUGAGUGUCUCAGUGUAGCCUCUGGUAGAAUACUGUUGGGUGACCCGGUCUUAGCUCUCCUCCUCGCCGCCUUGGCACUCCUUUGUACAACACUACCACUUAGAGAAGACAGCUGCAAGCUGUGCUGCUUUUUCUAGCCUUUAACUUUCUAUUUAGUUUAUAAUGUUGUUCUUCUAUAGCUCCAGCUAAGGUGCCUGUUAAUCCCCUACAGUGUUAGGAGUGUUAUGAUAUUGAAAGGUUAUGUAUGAACACCUUUGCUCUUUACCAGGCUUGUCAUACAAGGACUUAUGCACUCUGGCCAUCAGUGGCUCUUUGUUGGCCCAAGAGUGAGGCUGUUGGUGUAAAUGAAUCACAGCAGGGGUUUGGGAUAGUUCAUGUCGCAUCUCAUACAGCAAAGAGUGUGGCCUUGUCUCUCUGCAUCUUCAUGCUGCCUCUUCCUUUUCAUCCUUUUAGAGCCUGCAUGGAUGCUAAUCUCCACAACACUGUUGGAUGUGAACACUCUUAAGAUACCCAUUUAGUUCUCUGUGCCUUGUCCUUAGGACUCUUAGCCACUUUCUAGGGAGCAGUUAUGGCCUGAGAAUGAAGACACUACUUUGUUAAAGAAAAAGGCCUAAUUUGCCUAUCAGAGUGAGAAAGUUUAUUUUCAGGUGCCUUUUGAAAAUAUACAGAGCCACUUUGUUCUUCUGCUGAAAAUGUUAUUUUGGCUUGACUUUUUAGAGUGCCAUUCCUGCCUUUAUGAGGAAAACAGCUUUUUUUGUGUGUGUGUGGGGGGGGUGAUUACUUUUUCGUUUUCUGUAUCAUUAUUUGCCUUUCAGAGUGCUGCCAUUGGGUGGCUUUGCUCCUUCAGAGGGGGUUCCUUGAUGGCCUUCAGUAGCUUGAGCUGUAAACAUAAGUAUUCCAUAGCAAGUGUGUGUCAGCUCCAUGAGAGAGAGAUGUCCGCUUUAUAGCCGAGUGCAGAAACCGUUCACUGUGCCUUUAUGUGGCAAGCUCCUGGCAGCCUUUAUGAACAGGUUUGUAGGAAUAUGUCUUGAGUUGAAUGACAGGUAGUAUAUGUCUGUGAGCUCUGCUGAAGUCUGGAAACAAGGGCCUUGCCUGCUCCUUUUUUCAGCAGUAGGUUACAUGUUGUCUUUCCACAGCCUUGCAUGUCACAGGCCUCGACCUUGCAGAGUCUGUACAGUGGCAGGACUGAAGCUCUGCGCUGUUCCGAGGUUCAUGGAGAAAUCCCAACCUGUUCUGUGGUCAGUAAAUGGAGACUGUGCAGUCUCCCUGCUCCUGUCCCGUCCAAGGAGAUACAUACAUCUGUGGGUAGGCAGUGCUCACAGUGAGGGGAAGACAGCAAGUGUGGACUGGACCGCAGAGGGCAGGGAGUAGGGCCUCUGAAGCCACCACCAGAUCAGACCAGUGCCAGUCUCUGUCUGAGAUGGGGCCCAGACUGGCCUUGAGCAUGUGGAGUUGCUGAGGGUGGCCUUCAGUUCUCCACCCUCUGAAGUGCUAGGAGGCCAGGCAUCCGCCAUCAUACCCAGCUUCUGUGGGGCUGAGGACAGACUCAGACUUUAGGUGUGCUAGGCACGUACUCUGCCAAGCCAAUGACGUCCCUAGUUCAGCAGUCACAGUUUUAGUCUACAAGAUACAUUAAUAUCUGCCAGGGAACAAAGAUAGAUUUGUAAAUAAUAAAGAUUGCCAUCAGUUUGAUAAACCGUGCAAAUGGAAGAAUCAAAAUCUCAGCGAUGAAUUACGGUAACAGGAUGCUGGCUAGAAAAAGCAGGGCUAGUGUACCUCCAGCGUGGUGUGAUGCCCUCGCUCAUGGCACCUAACUGAACUUAAGGGCUGUAAGCAGGCGUGCUGUGGGCCUUCCAGAACUAGAGAAGAUUGGAGGAGGAACUAAGUUUUAAAAUAGCAAAAGUUGGGUAAUGGUGGCACAUGCCUUUGAUUCUAGCACUCGAGAGGCAGGGGCUAGCCUAGUCUACAGAGCAACUUCUACACAGAGAAACUGGCUUGGAGGAAAAAAGGAAAAGAGCAAACAAAUAGAACAGACUAGGAAUCCUUCUGCCCCUUUCUAUGUUUCAUGGUUGCAGGUGUAAGAAAAGUAACUGUAGAUGUGGCUGAAUUUCUAAGAUGAAACCAGUAGUAAGAUUGCUAAAUAUAACACUUCAGCAGGCUACACUAAUAAUGCAGACCAUUUGCACGUUAGACACCCUUUGGGGAUGUGAAUGACAGUAAUACUGCGAUAUGAAAUGAACUGUACAAGUAGCGCUCGGGGUUACCUUACCGUCUCCCUAGUGCCUGAGAGGACUCUGGGAGACAUUUACAGCCCCUGCCGGAAGCGCCAUUGGGAGGAGAGAGUGGAUGAAGAAGUGAAGUCUUACUGGUCCAGGACACGCCUGUCAGCCAUGUCAUUUGUGCUCCUGCCACCGAGAGCACUGAGAGGCUUGGCUCAGUGUCCUCGCACCUUGUCUGGUCACGUCCCUGGCAGCACUCGGGUCCCUGUCACUCACUGGUCUCUCUUAAAGUCCUGUCUCUUUGCAUCCUGAAGAUUCUCAAAAAAUUACUAUUUUUUCUUUCUUUUUUAAAAGUCUUUGUUAUUUUGUUGUUUUGGGAUACAGUCUCUUUGUA